AUGAUCGGAGUGAUGGACAAUGGUAUGGAAGAUCCAAAGCGGCACGCUCGCGCUCAGCAUAAUGCCUUGGAGCGAAGGCGAAGAGAUAAUAUCAAAGACAUGUACACAAGUCUUAAGGAUGUCGUCCCAGAUAUGCAAAAUGAAAGGGCUUCUCGUGCUGUGAUUUUACGACGAGCUAUUGAAGUGAUUGAGGAGAAGCAACAGCAACGUGCAGAUCUUAGAGCAGAGUGUGAUUGGUUUAGAAAUGAGAUGACUGAAUUGGAAAGGGAAGUAAGUAUUGUUGAGAUUCAUUAUAGGGGCGUUUAG